AUGGUCUCCCCAAGCACGGUACUUUCUCGUGUGCUCGCACUUGGCCUUGUGGGCUCGAGUCUUGCAAACAACACUACUGUGACCUCCUAUAUCGAAUCCUCUGACAGCGGCCCCGGGAUGAACCUGACGGUCUCGAUGGAUGUGGUGAAUGCCGACUACGCUUAUCUCUACGACAAUACAACCACCAUUGAGGACCUUACCAAGCGCACCGGAAUCACCACCACGGUCGCUGCGUACACAGUGGCCAAGGUCACUUCCGAAGUCAUCAUCACCGCCGCUUCCGCGAUCACGAUCUACGAGUUCAUCGCCGGGGUGAUCAAAUCCAAGUCUGAUGCCAACUCCUGCACCAUCACCUACGGCACCGACUCGGAUGGCAGCCACACCGAGGGUUAUGCCUACAAAGCCUCCACCACCGGCAGCAACUGCGACACGACUGCGGAGCUAAAAACGAUUCGUUCUGCGAUGGAAAAGUGUGCCACCACUCUCACUACCAUGGGCGCCGUGCGCGGCUGCUGUACAAUGACCCAUGGAGGCACUUGGGAGGGCCAUCUCCGCUUGUCCGGGGAUCCGACCAGUUAUCCUGUGACGACUGUGACAUGUUAG